AGGUUGAGUGAAAAGUUUGAACACCAUUGAGAAAGUAAAUUUAUAAAAUCGAAUUACGAAGAAAUAAGUAUUUAGUCUUUCAAAAUGAUGCUUUUGCAAUAUUAAAAUAUAUAAAUUUCGGGCGUUUCCACUGUAUUUGUUAUGUGUAUAUAGUCACGUAUAUUGCUCUAUGAAAGUUUAAAAAAUUUAUAUAAAUGUAUAUAGUUAUUAAUGCUUACACAUGCGAAUGAAAUCGUCUUUCUUGAGUUAUUAACAGCGGCGUUUCAUAUUAAGAACAGUAGCAGUUUAUUACAUCAAAAAUGAAUGGGAUUAUUCCUGAAAUGGAACAAAUAAUUAGUCAGCUUGAACGUGGGACUGUGGUAACAAAAUUUUUCUCAAGAAAGCGACCAGAAAAGAAAACCUUAAUGAUACGAAGAGAAACUAGACAGAUUGUUUGGUCGAGGAGUUCUACCUUUAGACCUUUUGAUGGUUCCGUUGAAAUCAGAGAAGUAAAAGAAGUUAGAGUAGGCAAGCAUUCCAAAGAUUUUGAAAAAUGGCCAGAAGAUGCAAAGAGAAUAGAAAGCUUGAGAUGUUUUGUUGUAUUCUAUGGAUCUGAAUUCAGGUUAAAAACUCUUUCAAUAUCAGCUCUAAGCGAAAAAGAAUGCGAGUUAUGGGUUAAAGGUUUACGUCAUUUAGUGCAAGAUACUAUUAAUGCCCCAUAUCCUUUACAAGUUGAAAGGUGGCUUAGGAAAGAAUUUUAUGCAAUGGAAAAUUCAAGAGAAACAGUUACAUUAAAGGAUGUUAAAGCAUUUUUACCUAGAGUUAAUUGCAAAAUUGCAACUAAUCGCCUAAGAGAAUUAUUUCAAGAAGUUGAUACAAGAAACAGGAAUGAACUUGGGUUUGAUGACUUCGUUAUUCUGUAUCAUAAACUUAUGUUUGAUCAGAAUAAUCUAGCAGAUUGGAAUAAGUUAUUGAAUUAUUCUAAGUCAGGACAGAUUGUUACUCUUCAAGAAUUUCAAAACUUUUUAAUCACCGAACAACAAGAUGCUUUAGGAAACAACGAUAUAGAAGCUUCACGUUUUAUUAGAGACUAUCUUCAAGAUCCACAAAGAGAUAUACAAGAACCAUAUUUCACAUUUUCUGAAUUUAUAGAUUUUCUUUUUUCCAAACAAAAUGAUAUUUCGGACCAACGAUAUAAUGAAGUGACACAAGAUAUGACGAAGCCUUUAGCACAUUACUGGAUUGCCUCAUCACACAACACAUAUUUGAUGGGUGAUCAAAUAAGUAGUGAAAGUAGUUGCCAAGCUUAUGUACGUGCAUUAAGAACUGGCUGCAGAUGUAUAGAACUUGAUUGUUGGGAUGGCCCUGAUGGAAUGCCUUUCAUAUUUCAUGGACAUACAUUAACAACGAAAAUAAAAUUUCUAGAUGUUAUUAAAACUAUAAAAGAACAUGCUUUUGCUACAUCUGAAUAUCCUGUUAUUUUAUCUAUAGAAGAUAAUUGUACAUUGCCACAACAAAGAAAAAUGGCAACUACAAUGCAAGAAUUGUUUGGAAAUAUGUUAUUAGUUCAAUCAGUAGAUAAAAAUGAAACUUGUUUACCAUCUCCGUAUGCAUUAAGAAAGAAAAUAUUAUUAAAACAUAAAAAACUUCCUGAUGGAGCUGAUGAAGCAUCAUUUCUUAUUCGUAAUGAUGAAAGUAGACAAGAAAUGGAUCUUAGAAAUACUGUAAAAAAUGGAAUAUUAUACUUAGAAGAUCCUGUUGAUAGAGAAUGGAAUCCACAUUUUUUUGUAUUAACACAGCAAAAGCUAUUUUAUACAGAUACAUUUUCAAGAACUCAAGAGACAGAACAUGAUGAUGAUGAUGAAGGAUGUAUUCGAAGACCAACAGAUGGAGUUCCAAAUGAUGAGCUACAUUUCGGUGAGAAGUGGUUUCAUGGAAAAUUGGCAAGAGGCAGAGAAGAAGCUGAAGAAUUAUUACAACGAUACUCUCAUCUUGGCGAUGGUACCUUCUUAGUUCGUCAAUGCGUUACAUUUGUUGGUGAUUAUAGUCUUUCCUUUUGGCGUAAAGGCAAGGUUAACCAUUGUCGUAUUAAAUUAAAACAAGAAAUGGGUCAAACACAAUAUUAUUUAAUUGAUACAAAUUGCUUUGAUAGUUUGUAUAGUCUAAUAACACGUUAUCGCAAUCAUCCCCUUAGAAGUCAGGAAUUUUUAAUUACGCUUCAAGAACCUGUACCUCAACCAAAUAAGCAUGAGGAAAAAGAAUGGUGGCAUGCAGAAUGUACUCGCACUUUAGCAGAAGAAAUGUUAAAACGUAUUCCCACUGAUGGUGCAUUUUUAGUGAGACCUAGUGAAAAAGAAAGUAAUUCUUAUGCUAUAUCUUUCAGGGCUGAAAAAAAAAUUAAACAUUGUAGAAUAAAAUUUGAAGGACGUUUAUAUACAAUAGGAACAGUGCAAUUUGAAAGUUUAGUUGAAUUAGUAAAUUACUAUGAAAGGAAUCCACUCUAUAAGAGAAUAAAGUUAAGUCAUCCUGUCAAUCAAGAUAUCAUCAGAAGAGUGGGUUUGGAUGCAGAUGAUGGAUCUGUUUAUGGUAUACCUGGAUACAUGGACCCAACAAGUUUUGGAUCUAAAGUAACAGUAAAAGCUCUUUAUGAUUAUAAAGCAAGAAGAGAAGAUGAAUUGACAUUGGUAAAACAUGCUAUAAUUACUAAUGUAACACGACAAAGUGGUGGGUGGUGGAGAGGCGAUUAUGGUGGUAAAAAGCAACAUUGGUUUCCAGCAAAUUAUGUUGAAGAAAUAGAUUAUCAAGAUAGUCAAGGAGAUUCUACAGAUUCUAUGAUGCUUGGUAGUCUUCAAAAAGGUUCAUUAGACAUUAUGGGUGCUGUUGUUGAAUUAACAUUAGGCGAAAGACCUGGAUUGGAAUGGAUUUUAAGAAUACAAAAUCCCAGUAUGUGUUCUGUAUUUGAAGUAGCAACACCGUUAAAAGAGAGUGCACUAGAAUGGAUGUCAAGUAUCAAAGAAACAGCACAAAACGCCAGUGUUAGAGAAAAUCAACACAAAGAGAUGGAGCGAGCAUGGAGAAUAGCAAAAGAAAUGUCUAACCUUAUAGUAUAUUGUAGGUCGGUGGCUUUUAAUGUUGAACGAAUUAGAGCAAAGGGAUUUAUAUUUCAUGAAAUGAGUAGUUUUCCUGAAACUAAAGCAGAAAAACUCAUGUGCCAGCAAGAAAAUAAGUUUUUUUUAAAAUAUCAUCAGGUGCAAUUUAGUAGAGUAUAUCCUAAAGGACAACGUAUUGAUUCAUCUAAUUACAAUCCUGUGCCAAUGUGGAAUUCUGGUUGUCAAAUGGUAGCCUUAAAUUACCAAACUGGAGAUAAAUCUAUGCAAUUAAAUCAAGCUAAAUUUAAAGAAAAUGGUAGCUGUGGUUAUGUCCUCAAACCAGAUUUUAUGUUCAGAGAUGAUUUUAAUCCUUAUGACAAAAAUUGCUUGUAUGGAAUAGAUGCACUUAAAAUUAGCUUAAAAAUUAUAGGUGCAAGACACUUGAUUAGAUCUGGAAGAGGAACAGCUAGUCCGUUUGUUGAAGUAGAAGUGAUUGGUGCAGAUUUUGAUAAUGGAACAAAGAUAACAACAAAAACGAUACACGACAAUGGUUUUAAUCCCAUGUGGAAUGAGUCUUGUGAAUUUGAGAUAUUCAAUCCAUAUUUUGCUCUCAUAAGAUUUGUAGUACAAGAUGAAGAUAUGUUUGGUGAUAGUAAUUUCAUAGGGCAAGCUACUUAUCCUGUCCGUUGUUUAAGAACAGGAUAUAGAAGUGUUACAUUAAAAAACAACUAUAGUGAAGAUUUAGAACUUGCUGCACUUUUAGUACACAUUCAAAUUACAAAUUUUUCUGUAAAUGCAACAUCGUGAACCAAAAGAAAAAGUUGAGUAGACCUUAAUAAAUUGUCUACAAUAUUUGAGUGUUUCACAUGUACAUAUAUUUGAUGAGUGGCUCUGUGUGUACAUUGUGGUUAAAUAAAACCACGAACAAUAACAUUUUUUUAAAUAACGAGAGUGAUAAAAAUAAAUUUUAUUAUUUACUGAUUUUAUUUGAAUAAUGAAUUAAAUAAGUAACAUCUUAUUUAAGAUGUUCUUAAUAACUAUAGAAUGUUGAACUUGAUUUUUUAUUGAUAUCAGAAAUAAUAUUUUAUAGUAUUGAUUUAUUAAUUCAUUUUAUAAUCAGUGGAUAAAUAUACAAUUCUAUGAAAUAGCAUUUACUAAUUAAAAAAAUAAAAUUAACUUUAAUAAAAAAAAGUGAUACAUAUCUUUGCACAAUAAAUAAUCUUUAGUA